AUGAGCGAAAUUUACUCGCAAUUGGGUAGGUUUGGGAAAAAUUGGGCUUACUAUAGUUCUUAUAGAUUUUUUUUUUUAAUUAAAAAAAAGAUGAUCACAUUUAAAAAAAAGAGACUUUCCUAGACUUUCUCGAGAAAAAUACAGUUUACGGAAUAACAGAUUUUGAAAACAUUUAAAAAAAAGAUGAUCAAUCUGUGUAUAGGAAACCGUCACGAGUGCCUACAACACCUGAUCGAAUUCCGAAGGCUGGCGCAAAAGUGUGCGAGUCGUUCGCAAGAGCAGCUGAGUUUUCACGUGGAAGCAUGGUGCAUCAAUCAGCUGUACGCCACCGGAGACGCCAAUUUGACGGAUGUGGACAGUGCGAUCGAGGCGACACGCAAAAGUAGGGAGAUGGUCGAAAAGUGGGGAAAGGCGUUCAAAGAAUCGGAGCCGGGCGGAUCGGUGAAACAGCGGAAGGCUCAGUUGGUGAGCGGCACUGGCAUCAUUCAUUCAUUUUUUUUUAGUGAUAUUCAUGACGUUUUUUAGUACAUUCUCGAGGCGCAACUCGAAGAACUGCACGGUCAUAAUCAGAAAGCCAUGCAAUUGUUGGACAAGGCCGACCGAUUGUUAAGGUUUUAUUUUUGAUUUCGGUGACGUUCCGUCAGACUCGGACGAUUCUUGGACUUGGAAUCAAGAAUAUUGGGUCCAAGAUCGGAUCGAUAUGAAACCGGAACCCAAGAUUCUUCAACCCAAGUCCAAGAAGUUUGCAAAAUUAGCGGAUUGCAGUGCGAAUGACAAAACGAUCCGAUACGAGCUGCGACGAACGCGAUGUGCGGUGGCUCCAGUCGACCGUCGAAUCGAUUUGGCCGAAUUGAUGGAGGACGAGGCGCCGGAGGACAAGAAGGCGAUGGCCAUGUGCGAACUCGCGCAUGUACCAUUUUGAUCGAUUUCUUUAAACUUCUGGCAGAGCUGGGGAAAAUUUCGGCCCGGGCUGGACUUUUGGCCGACUUGAAACUCAACAGGCUGCUUGGGCAUGGAUUCAGACCGAUCGGACCAUCCGGUCCCGAGAUAUCUGGACCAGAGGCCGAAAAUGUUUUCGGAAAAAGCCUUCAAAAAGCCCGAGUCGAGAUUUGCCCCGCCCUGACUUCCGGUAAACCGUGUUCAGUCUCAUUAUCGACUAUUAUGCCGCGUCCAAAGUCUCGGAAAACCCGCAAAUCUCGCGGAUUUUGCAGUCCAAAGUCGGCAGAAAUUUGCGGGAAAUCCGAGGUGCGCACAGCUGAACGAGUGUUACCGUACACCAUAAAACUACGGUAUUUUUUGAAAAUUUACCCAAGAAAUUUGUAAAAUUUCAAAUAUUCUCGAGAAAUUUAAAUUAAAAAAAAAAUUUCAAAUAUUCUCGAGAAAUUUAAAUUUUUUCAAAAAAUACCGUAGUUUUAUGGUGUACGGUAACACUCGUUCAGCUGUCACCCCGGAUUUUCCGCAAAUUUCUGCCGACUUUAGACUGCAAAAUCCGCGAGAUUUGCGGGUUUUCCGAGACUUUGGACGCGGCAUUAGAGGAUUAACGAUUAGUUUUCUUAUUUCAGUUAGACUAUAAAGCGCGAAUUUUUUUACUCUUUCAAGUCUAGUUGGAAUAUUUUGCACUAAAUUAGCACGCUCGGUAUAAUAGAACUGAACACGGUUCAUCUACCAAAAAUUUUGAAAGUCAACCGUUUCAGCACUACGUGGCCGCACAACACAUCGAUAAAGGUUACCGAAAACUGGUGAUGGCCUACAUGACGCAGAGGGAGCACCUAAACCCGCCGGAAAAAGAGGAGAUGACGCGACGGCUUGCCAUAUUGUACCGACUCGUGAGAUAUGAGAAAAUUCUGAAAAAUCAGAGUCAAGAACCGCGAAUCACGCUGUGCGAACUGUAUGAAGCGGUCGGCGAUUUGUACGACAAGUACUGGCAAACGAUGACCGAAAGGGAGAAACGGGACUAUCGCGAGUUUGUCGUCAAGAAAAUUCUCGAGAACUACAAGAAAAUGUUGGAGUGAGUCGUUUUUUUUUUCGGGAAAAAGUGCAGUGUUUUUUACCGAAAUUUCAAAAUGUUCAGACACAAACGCGACAAUGACGAUGCUCUCCGAGCAUAUCUCGCGAUGGCUCUGGUCUAUGGCGAUUUGGACGACCAUCAGCAGUCGAUGCAAUUUUUCCAAAAGCGUUUGGAUCUUUUGACCAAGAGUGGCGCUUCUAGGGAUAAGGUUAAGGCUGGAAAUUGAAUAAUAUGGAAGCUUUGCUUAUUUACUAGCCAUUUGGGAAAAAAUGUAGAAUUUUUUCAGGGCUGCGCAAAAAGCCGGACUUUGACCCACUUGCAAUCAUCCGAUCGGACCAAAACUUUCCAAACUUCUUCGACUCGGGCUGAAGUAUCUUGGGUCCGAGUUUCAGAUUGAUCCGAUCAUCCGGUCCCAAGAUGUGUGGAUCAGAGGCCAAAAAGUCCAAGUUAUUGCGAUAAUUGCGGCUUUUGCGGUCUCUGAUCCACAUAACUCGAGACCGGAUGAUCCGAUCGGUCUGAAACUCGGACUUAAAAUACUUAAAUCCGUGUCCAAGAAGCCUGCAAAGUUUGGGGCCGAUCGGAUCAUUGCAAGUGGGCCAAAAACCACUUUUUCGAACUGGAAAAGACCCCUGUUUCUAGAAAACAAUAAAGUACGCCUACUUGGAUCUGGGUUUUGAAAAAUAGCACGGUUUUUCAGUGACAACUAUCAAUUCUUGCAGAUAAUCGACACGCGCGUCUCCCUGUUCACGUGCAUGUGCAAAUUGAGUGAUCCGAAAGUGGAGAGCACAUUUUCGGAGCUCGACACGCUCUGUUUCAUGGAUAGCAACCGAAAAGAGCUGUACGAAUCGUUUUCGGCGUACUGCGCCGAGCGAAACGAACCGGAGAACGCGGAGAAAUGGCGGAAAGAGGCGAAGAAAAUUCGCGAUAGUCUCGUGAAAAAUGAGGACGACGAGACGGAUGUGCUCUUUGGAAAGUUGUCCGAUCGCGACGUUUUGAAGUUGUGCAGAAGUUGCAAACCGAUUUAUUUUUCCCCCAAUAGAAUCGACAAAUAUUGCAGAAGAACACGAGCUGAUCAAUUUGGACAACUUGACGAAAUAUCAGUUGGAAAAGACGAACGACAUGGGCGAGACGCGGCUGCAUCAGGCGGCGAAAGAGGACAACGCGGAGGUCGUGCGGAAGCUGUGCCAAUUGGUACCGCGUUUUCUCAAAACCUAAUGGUUUUAAAGAAAAGGAGAAUCUAAAAAAUGCAUUUUUGAAACAGGAAAAAAUCUAAACGUUUUGAUUACUUUUUUUUCCCGAAAAAAAUCGGUUUCACCACGGAAAUGUUAUUCUAUUCUCAAACUUUAUUCUAUUAGUUAUUCUAUUAGUUAUACGUGGCCAUCUUUCUUCUUACUAAACUACUACUAAACUUGGGUGUGUGUGUGUGCAAGACCCCCCGACCGAUGUGUUCCAUACUUGGCACAUCGUAAUGCCACUCGGAGCGCUUCACCUACAGUAACGUAAAGUUAUCGAAUGAAUCGUAUUACGCUAGUUACGGCAGUCCGCGUUUUCUCUGUGUCUCUUCAUUUCACAGAAAAUUUCUCUCAUGCUUUCGUUCAGUCACACAUUUGAAGUCCCCCAGUGAACAAAAGAGGGAAAGUUAGGCCAGGGUGACUACUAUCUAUUCGAGACCGCGGUAAAAAAAAAAUGAUUGCAGGGGUGUGACGUGAACGCACGGGACAACGGCGGCUGGACGCCUCUCUCCGAGGCGGUCGCGCACGACGAAUACAAAAAUGUUGAAGUUUUGCUUGCGUACGGCGCCGACGUGAACUCCCGCAGCAAAGAGUCGUUUGUGUCGGAGGACUCGUGCGAAUCGCAGGAAAAGGGCAACCAUUUCCGGUUGACGCCGUUGAUGGAGGCGUGCACGAACGGAUUCGUUCGGAUCGCGCAGCUUCUGAUCGAACGGUCGGCGAAAAUCGAGCUGAGGGACAGUGCCGGAUGGACGGCACUCGAUCACUUGAGGCGAGCCAUUUUUUUGGGACCACUUUUCAAAAAACAUUUGCGUUUUCAGACACGGCAUCGCUGAAAAAGGCGCAAGUCGAGAAGUGCAAAGAUUCGAGGACUAUUUGGUGAUGAAAAUGAAAGAAUACGAUUUGCCGCCGCUCAAAAUUCCAAUUUCCGCCGUUUUCAAGACGACGAGAAGUGGUGGGCGGAGCGAGGUGAUUUUAGACAUUUCGUAGACAUUUCGCCCUCAAAAAAUUGUUUGUUUUUCAUAAUUUCUUGCAGCUCGACGAUUCGCCGCCGGACGACGAGGAAGAGUGCUUGAUUUUGGACGGCCUCGCGUCCAGAAAACGCAGAAAUUCGCCGUCUUUCGAGCAGAAUGUAUCGAAGCGACGAGCGAGAAGUGGAGAGAAUUUGAGGUUGUUUUUUGCUCGAUGUCCGUUGGUUCAAGCAUUGCGGCAGUAGACCAAAUCUCUACGAGCAUCCCGGUACGAAGUUGGACCAGUUUUCCGUCACCUCGUCGCUCCACCGCUUCCUCUUUUCCGUGCUUCCGUGUUGAUUAAUGAUGACAUUUAGUCUCCGGAACCAAUAUGCAGUGCUCGUACUUUUUUUUCUUAAAUGAACAAUUGAAACAUUUUUUUUUUCAAGACAUUUUCUUUUGCAGACCGCCCUCCGCGUCUCCGUCGCCGCGUCCGCCACGGAUCCCUAAGGUUCCGGUGAUCCGUCGAAGCCCCGUCGGUUCUCAGUCUCCGCCUCCGCAUCACCAGUUUUUCCAACGAAAUGCGACGGUCCGACGCUCGAAUUCGCCCACAAUGACGGUGAGAUCGGAUCCGACCGUGUACGGAAAAGACGAUGAUGUCGAAGUGAUCGGAUGCGUAAAAAGGAGGUAUUUGGUGUCCGAGAAAGCCAAAAAUUGCAGUGAUUGUUCAGAUCGCGUCAAUCGUUCUCGCCUCCCAAAACCUCUUCGACGCGUCAGCCGCUACCCACAAAUAGCGUGGUCGUGGUGAAGUGUCACUUUGAAUUGCCGGAAGGAUCGCACGAGCGCAUCCAGUCGAUCAUGUUGCCAAUCGAGCGGACGCUGACGAUCGGAGAGACGAAGCGACGCGUGCUCUCGCAAAUUCGCCAGCCCCAGCUAAAGGUGGCGAGCGUCUGGCGGCACGGAGACGUCGACAAGUGUCUGCUGGCAGACGAGCUCCUCCUCGCGCACCUCUCCAGUGUCAACGAUCUCGCGUUGGUUUUCCGGAUGGCCGCGCCGCCUGCCGAUCAGGUUUAUCAGGAAAUAACGGAGAGUGAGUGA